AUGGAGUGUUUGAAGUACUUAAUAGCUACGGACGGCAGCACACGUUCUGAUGUAGGUGUUCUUCUCCUGCAGUUGGUGGCAGUUCUGUGUGCGCUGUCUCCGGCAUCCAGCACGAUACCGCAGCCGAGGGCGCCUAAUUUCCAAUAUUUCGAAAGGCCCAACUACCGGUACCCAUACUACGACGAAAACGGGCGCGGCAAGCUGCUCUACGGCUACGGAGGACCCGAGCUGUUCCAGUACAAGUCCUACUCGCCGCUAGAGGGCAUACACUAAACACCAGCUGAGACCAUAGUCCACCAUAGUACGAGGUGAUUGGUAAAGUGGGUGCUGCUUGUGGGGACUCGUCUGUUCGGGUGCAAAUUCAAAUUCAAGAAUUAUUUAUUCAUGUAGGACAUUU